GUUCGCUAAAAACGCUCUGUGAUACAUCUGCCGAGUCGCUCCCGUACUCUCACCACUCAUUCCAGGAUGAACCGAUUGGUAUUGUUGGUCGUCGCCAGCCUGGCCGCCGCCAGCGCCGUGCCCCUUCAGCCGGACAGCAGUACCGCCGUGCCGGUGGCCAUCGUGCGCUCGGCCGCCGACGGACCCAACCCCGACGGCACUUACAACUGGUCGUACGAGACUGAGAACGGCAUCAAGGCCGAGGAGCACGGCGAACUGAAGGCCGUUGCGCGCAGCGCGGACAACGAGGAAGGCCGCCAGGCCAUCGCUGCUCAGGGUGCAUACAGCUACACCGCCCCCGACGGCACUCUCUUCGAGGUCAAGUACGUCGCCGAUGAGAAUGGAUUCCAGCCCCAGGGCGCCCAUCUUCCAGUCGCUCCGGCCAUACCCGAGGCUAUCCAGAGGUCUCUCGAGUGGAUCGCUACCCACCCCCACAAGGAACAAGAGGACCAACAAUAACAACCUGAGCGUCGUCUUUUCUUCCCUCGGCUAUAGAUGACCAACAGCCGGACUUAUCGGGCGUAUCUAGCGCUCUACAUUAGGAGUCGCCUCACUCGUCGAUAACGCACGCCUGUUUAUUGAUUACCUCUUUUAUUAUUCCUACAUACUCUAAUCCUACUAGUGCAUCACUUUUGCUCCAUUCACCUUUUUUGUUUUCGUUAUGUUCUUUUGUGUUUGUGUUUGUGUUAUUUUUCGUACGUUUUGUAUCUACGAAUUUCUCAAUCUUGACUUUUUGACAUUGAUAUCACUCCAACUUUUCACAUGAUAAAUCCGAGAUUGAUAAUAAUUAAUAAUGCUGGCGAAGGUACAU